AUGUCUGACAAACUGGUCGAAGCACCCACAGGCGAGAAGGUCCCGGAGAAGGAUCUGUGGAAGUUCAGAGAGCCGUACAGAGUCCACAAGAGGGAAGAGCACUUCGAGGCGGUCUUGGGUGGUAGCUGCCAUUGCGGCGAGGUCAAGUUCCAGCUGAGCAGAGAGACGCCGUUGGCGAGCAAGCUGUGCCAUUGCACGACGUGCCAGAAGCAGCAUGCUGCACCCUUCCAAUGGGCCGCCAUCUUCCACAAGGGUGACAUCAACUUCCAUGACGGCCACCACCACCUCGAAUGGUACGACCCGACUUCAAAGAGCAUUGAGCACCAGCUUCCAUGCAAAGUACGCUGCAAGUACUGCCACAGCCCGAUCAUGGACGAGGGGAGGAACAUGAUCUUGAUGUUCCCGAGCUUGAUUGACUUCCCGGACAAGACGGCGAGGGAUCGGUUCAAGCCAAGAUGCCACAUGUUCUACCCCCAGCGUGUGAUGGACAUCCCUGACGGCCUGCCCAAGUGGUCCGGCAUCAACGAGGACAGCGACUUGAUUGAGGACUCGCCGCCAGAGCAGAUCAAGGAGCUGGAGCGCAAGCGCAAGGAGAAGGUUGAGGAGGAGGUCCACCCCGGGCAGAGAGAGUAA